CAGCUCUCAUCCUACUGCCAAGAUGGCGGCCCACAGGAGCUGUGUUCUAUGGAGCUACUGCGGUCGUAGGUGGUCGUGGGUGAUGCGGUGCUACGAGCUCCCCGGGCUUCGCAGCGCCUGGGCUGGGGGCCAGCUGGGUGCGCGGCAAUUAUCCCAAAAGAAGCAGGCAACGGAAACACACUUCGGGUUUGAGACUGUGUCGGAGGAAGAGAAGGGGGGCAAAGUCUAUCAUGUGUUUGAAAGUGUGGCCAAGAAGUAUGAUGUGAUGAAUGAUAUGAUGAGUCUUGGGAUCCACCGUAUCUGGAAGGAUUUGCUGCUCUGGAAGAUGCGCCCAUUUCCUGGAACCCAGCUGCUCGAUGUUGCUGGAGGCACAGGUGACAUUGCAUUCCGGUUCCUUAAUUAUGUUCAGGCACAGCAUAAGGGAAAGCAGAAGAGGCAGUUACGGGCCCACCAAAAUUUAUCCUGGGAGGAAAUUGCCAAAAAGUACCAAAAUGAAGAGGACCCCUUGGGCGGUUCCCGGGUUGUGGUCUGUGAUAUCAACAAGGAGAUGCUAAAGAUCGGAAAGCAGAAAGCCCACGCUCAAGGAUACAAAGCUGGACUUGCUUGGGUAUUGGGAGAUGCUGAAGAACUACCCUUUGAUGAUGAUAAGUUUGAUGUUUACACUGUUGCCUUUGGGAUCCGGAAUGUUACACACAUUGAUCAGGCACUCCAGGAAGCCCAUCGAGUCCUGAAGCCAGGAGGACGGUUUCUCUGUCUGGAGUUUAGCCAAGUGAACAAUCCCCUCAUAUCCAGGCUUUAUGAUCUCUAUAGCUUCCAGGUCAUUCCUGUUCUGGGAGAAGUCAUCGCAGGAGAUUGGAAGUCCUACCAAUACCUUGUAGAGAGUAUCCGACAGUUCCCACCUCAGGAGGAGUUCAAAGAGAUGAUAGAGGAUGCGGGUUUUGAGAAGGUGACUUAUGAAAGUCUCACGUCAGGUAUCGUGGCCAUUCAUUCUGGCUUCAAGCUGUGACUCCUGUACCGUUCUGGAGUGCGAACCAGUCACACCCCAUUGAAAGCCGGGAAGUAAAGGCUAACCUGGCUAGUGAAGAACGUCUCCUCUUAAGGAGUGUGCCAUGGACUCAUGUUCCGAUGUGACCAAUCUCAAAGUGAAGAACCAGAUUCCUGUCACUGUGUUGCAGCUUUCAAUAGGAGCUGCUUCAGGUCUUCUCCCAGAGGUAUUUGGUCUAGAUUUUGUGCUCAACUCCUGCUAGUUUUUUCCUGGCUGUGCAGUGUGUGGUUGAGGUAAAACCAGCACUACUUCUCAUUUUGGAAGUCUGGUAGCAUUGGUAGCUUCUCUGCUGGUACUACCUUCCAGAGGGAUAAUGAAUCAUUUGAACUCAAUGACGAUUUGAACCAAAAAAUGUCCUAGCUGUACCUGGGUCAGCCUUCCAGCCUAGGACUAAGUCUGGGGCCAAAAACCCAGGCCCAAGCCAGAGGGCUAACAAUCACAACUAGAAUUAUGAAUUGAACCACUAAAGGUGUUUACAAUUUGUGUGGUAUUUGUUAUUUCUUCUUGGAGAGGGGCCGGUGAGGAAAAUAGUCAUCACUCACUCUAUCCUCUUCUACCAAAAACCACCAUUGUAUCCUCAGUGCCUGUCAUGAAGAAAAUAACAAAUCCUAUUGAAAGAAUAAAUGUACCAGCAAACUCCU